UCGCGAAGUCAGUCACGGUCCGAGCGGCCGACCCGUCAGUCCCGCCCUCGGUUCAUUCGCGUUUUCGGUCAGUCUCCGUUCGGCAUUACGAACGGUGAGGUGUGUGAAGCGCGUGCGCGCACCGUUUACUGUGGCGUACUGUGAGGUUAUGAUGGACGCGCCCGGCGGAGCGCGGGAGCCCCGCUUCGGGUCGCCGUAUGGGAUGGGUCUCCUGGGAGACGUGGGGGACAUGUACGGCGCGGGCCGGGCGCCGGGCUCGCUCGGCGGCGGCUCGCUGCGGCCGGGGCUGCAGCCCUGCCCGGGCCCGCGCGGCGUGAAGCGGCCCUCCGACCAGUGUUACGACGAGCGGCCGUCCCAGAGCCUAGGGCUCGACCAUUGCCCCAUGCCGGACAUAGCAGACGAUGGCUAUGCAUCUCUUCAGCCGAAGAAGUCACCCCCGUCCAAUGGCAAGAAGACCAAAGGCCGAGUUAAGAUCAAGAUGGAGUACAUAGACAACAAACUACGGCGAUACACCACGUUCUCGAAGCGAAAGACGGGCAUUAUGAAGAAGGCAUACGAACUGUCAACCCUGACGGGCACACAAGUGAUGCUACUAGUGGCCUCAGAAACGGGGCAUGUGUACACGUUUGCGACGCGGAAACUGCAGCCCAUGAUCACCUCGGAUUCGGGCAAGCGGCUCAUCCAGACGUGUCUCAACUCGCCCGACCCGCCCACCACCAGCGAGCAGCGCAUGGCAGCCACCGGCUUCGAGGAAACCGAGCUCACCUAUAACGUAGAUAACGAGGACAUGAAGGAGGAAGAGUCGACAGCCAAAGAAGGUUGCAAGGACGAGCCAGCGUCAUCUGGUGACAGUGGGGACGAGAGCGGCAGCGAUCCCGAGUCUCCGAGUGACAAGCUCAACCAAGCGGCUUUUAAACAGGAGUGGGCUUGCAAUAGCAGUACUGAACGGGAAGGCGGUAGCAGGGAACCACAAGCGUCCACAUCGUCAACCACUCAAGAAGCAGACAGCAGUAAAGCCAGUCAACCACCGAUGCCAAAGAUCUUGCCAAAGAUAGACUUGCCUGGAGGCGCCAUGCUCUACCCGGGGAUGUUAGCCGGAGUGGGACUCGACGGGCUGGGCUCGAACCUGAGCCUGGGUAACUUGGCCAUGGGGUACCCGCACAGUUUUAUACUCGGGCUCGCUAAUCAGGGGCAGGAAGGUGCGUCAUCAUCGAACCAGCCUCAGUUCAUUACCAUCCCGCUGUCAAUGGCGAUGGGCAACCCGCAGGCUCCGAACGGUUGUCCAAGCGCCUCAAGCGAUGAUAGCAGCGAGCUGCAAGACCUUAGCACUGGUGGGAGGAAGUGAGACGGCGAAUAAAAGUGUUAACGUAUAAAUUGCUCCUAAUUAUUUUCAAACUCAAUAUAUUCUCAGGAUAUUAAUAUACCAGUACUCAAUCACAUUGUUAAAUAUCACGAAAAAUGCUAGAUAUAUCCCUUUAAAUUUUUUAUGUCAGUUAUUGUCAUAAUUAGGUACAUAACAUUUAUAUACCUACGUCCAGGUAUAUUCAUGUACGAAUUUGAUUUAAGAUGUAUUCGUUAUGUGUAAUAUAAUCUGUACUUAAACUUGCCUAAAAUUAUAUAUAAUAAACCAAUGUAGGUAUCAUUAUGUAACAUAUGUAAAUGAAACUAACGCAAACCUGGUUUGCAAAUUUUGUGCUUUAUACUCUUAGUAACCAGGGUGUUUUGUAAAAAGUAACUAUUUUUAUACAAAUCCGUGUAAGAUAAUUUAUUAUCAAAUGCAGUUUUUUGGUUUUUUAAAGUUAACUAAAAGGAAACAAAUAUUAUGAUAAAAUAGUCGGCUAUCCGAUAUUUCAAUUAUUUUUGACCAUAAAGGUAUUUACCGUUCGAAUUCAGAUUACACAGCAUAACAACUGCUGUCAUAAUAAUUUAUUUAUUCAUAACAUUUUUAUAAGACAAUAAAAAUACUAAUAAAUACAAAAAUUUACCUAAGUCACUCAGUAGGGUGCCCAGAAGGCUGGCCGCAUUGCAUUAAAUUAAAUUGAUUGAAUUGAAUUGAAUACUGGUAUGGUCUGAAUCGGAAAGGUUGAAGCAUUUCUUAUGUUAUGCUAUGUUUUUAAAAUAGUAUAAUCACAAGUAAUUGAAUCCUGUACAUUAAUAAUUUCAUUUCUAUAAAAGUAUUUAUAGAUAUUAGCAAACUAUUGUAAUUGAAUGUUUUUGUGUAACAAUAUUAUAAAAUCGGCUUACACAUAUUUAGUGAAAAUCAUUCUGUAAGAUUCCUACGUGUAGCAUUAGGAGUGAAUAUUUGUGAAAUUUCUUCAUAAGUUUUUUUAACCAAUAUUGACUGUAAGAUAGUUUUGUUCGAAUUUGUUGUAAGUUUCAAGUAUUUUGUACCGAAUUAAGGUUAUUAAGUUACGUUAAUAAUUCAGUCAUUUACAUCAAACCUAUAAAAUAUGCAAAACAUUACAAUACACUAAGAAAUCAUUAUAGCACAUCGUAAUAUGUUAUGGGGGUCUAGCUAAGAUGACAAUCUUAUAUCGACAAAGUCCGGUCAAAAAAAGUAAAAAUGUAUUGGGAUAACAUAUGUAAACGCUUGUCUCUUGGCUAAGGUCCCAACUGGACACUCUGUAUUUUCGACCCUAGUUUGAAUAUAAAAAUCGCAUUUAUUCGUUACAUUAUUUAAGUUAACUUCUAAACCGAAUACAAUUGAAUACCGAUUAUCAAAUGUGCUUUUGGAUAAAUCUCAAAAGUACCCUGGUACUUGUGAGGAAAUUUAUAUGGGCGGAAACUGGUAUGUCGUCAUUGUGCAUCUCAUUAGAGACAAUGUGGUUUACCAAAAACCACAGCUCAGGAACACACUACACAUACUUAUUGAUUGUAUAGAGACCGAUUCGGAUAGUAAUUUUAUAGUCGAUUUAUUUUUUCAUUAUUUUUUUAUAAUAUCUGUCUGAUUUGCGGGGCUUAUCAUUCUAGGCGGGAUAAUACGAAAUAACAACUUGUCCCGAAAAAAUGCAUGUAAUUUUUCGUUAAGUUAAGUUACGAAAGUAGGAAGCGUCUUUUUGCGUUCUUUUACGUAACUCAGUAAAAGAAAUUCUAGUACAUACGACGAAACAGCGCUUAAUUUUACUAAAUUGUGAAUUCAACAGGUAGCACCAAAUGUUAUCGAAAUUUGACGAAAAACUAAAAAAAAGUUUGCAGCGAUUUUGAUAGCCCGCGCAGUGUAAGUUGUAUUUAUACGUGAUAUUUUCACAGAAGUUUGACAUUUAAAAGAACACUUGCAUAGCGUGGGCUAUCAAAAUCACUGCAGACUUUUCUAACUCUAACAAAAUUAAAUUUGGCCCUGAUCUGUCAACCACUCAAUCAUAUCCAAUCCAUAACCAAUUGAUAACAAGAAAAAACUAUCUUGAUAGGCUUCUUGGUUGCAGUUUUCAUUGAAAGGACAACCUAUAAAUUAAGCGGAAACUUGUAUAAUCUUCUUGUGGAGCUUUCUUUGAUACCAUUGUCAUCUAUAUCGUCUUUCUAAAAGUAUUACUGUAUGCUGCUAAGUAAUCAAGUUAUCUUGACUGUACUUACAUCAAUAUUCGAUACUUAUAACACCAAUUUUCGUAAUAUGCCCUAAAUAUACUUUAAUUUCUUUUAUUUUGAGGUGAUUAAAUCGGUAUUUAAUUGUAACUAUGUGUUAUUAAUUUUGCGCGGUAAAGUCAUUCUGUUAAGCGCAGAUUUCCUAUGAAUGUUACUUUUCUUUUUUUAGUAAAUAAAAAUAUAAAAUUUAA